AUGUUUUGCAGCAAUCCUUUAAAGGAAAAAGUGGCGGACCUUCUUCAGCGACGGCCGCAACUGUGGAUGUCGCGGCCCAUCAACCCGAGUCUGCCGCCCGUAUCGACGGCCCCUGGGAGCGAAAUUGAAGGGCUUGUGGCCGCUGUGGGGUCGGGAUCGGGAUCGGGAUCGUUGCUGCUGAAGGUUAACUUAGGCGAUCCCCGUAUUGUUGCGCUUGCAGACAGCACAGAGGCCGCUGCUGUUUUAAAGAGACAGCCAAAAGUGGGAGAUGUUCUGAGACUCUUCGUCAAGGGAAGACGCCCCCGCACCCGCUGCCUCCUCGUCAGCGUACUACCUCCAAACAGCAGCAGCAGCAGCAGCAGCAACAGCGGCGGCAGCAGCAGCAGCAGCGGCUGCAGUAACAGCAGCGGAGGCAGCACUGACAGCGGAGGCAGCGGUGUAGGAGAGGAGGUCUGGGUUGACAGACAUUUCUUUUUGCGGGUUUUGCGGUGA